AUAAUAAUUUAUGUUUUUUAAUAUUUUUUCCGAUAAAUAAAUUAUUAUUUAAUAUUGCAGGAAAAAACUACAAAGUAUGACAGGUAAUAGCUGUUGAAUUAUUUAAAAGUGUGUUCAAAAUUGUCAAUAUGCAACGAGUUCUUAGCUUUCAAAUGGCUCGUGGACUUAGCGAGUCUAGCGAAUUUGUCACAAAACGUAUAUGUUUUUCGUUAAUAUUUUCUAUCGGUUUUCUUUCUUUAUUGUGCGGUUUUUUACUUGGCCGCUUUGCCACGCAAAGGGCUAUAGAAUUUCGCGCAGAAAAAAAACGUCUUGAAUUAGCGGGAAAUGGUUUAGAAAAUACUGAAUAUCUUCAACGUUUAGUACUCGAACAAUUAGAAAGAGCGCCUCUUGAUGCUGAUUUCGAAAAGAAAUGGGAAUCUUUCAAUUUAAAAGAAGAUGAUAUAAAUCAAGUAAAUGAUAUUUUAUCGAAUUUAUCGCUUAUUGAAAAAGUUGUUAAACAUCAAUCGUAUAUUAUGGCUACUAUUAGAGGAUCUAGAGAAUCAGAUAGAUAUAUAAUUUUAUCAGUCAGUUGCGAAGGCGUCGGUGUUGCUUUGGAAUUGGCAAAAAUUUUUAAUCAAAUUCAAAAAGAAUAUAAAUGGAAACCUCGUAGAUCUCUUAUUUUUUGUUUAUUUUCGGGAUCUUCCAAUUCUUGUGCAGAAGUAUUAUCUAAUUUUAUGCCCCAUAAAAUUGUGGCUUAUAUUGUAGUACAUCAUCAAGCUUUACAAGGUAAAGGUCAUUUUAUUGUAUCUGGAUCAGAUAUAGUUCAAUCUAUGGUUCUAGAAUCUGCUAAUAUUGUAAAAAAAUGGUUUUCUUAUAACAAUCAAUUAUUGUCUUUAAAUAAUAUACCUUAUAAUAUUACAACUUCCCGACUAACUUUAGAUAUACCUCAUGCAGUAUUAUCUUUUAUGAAUAAUGAUAUUACACAUAAUGAAAAUCAUCAUGAAAGAGAAAUACGUAAAAUAAUAAUAGCACAAAUACUUGCUCAAACUAUUUGGAGAUUCUCUGAAUGUUUGAUAAUAAAAUGGAAUCCAAAUUAUUUCAAUAAAACUGCCUUUAAAGCAUUAGAAUCUAUAAAUCGUAUUGAAUUGUUAGAACAAAAAGAAAAAAUACAACAAACCUUGGAUAAAUUGUUAAUUAAUAUUAAAAUUUUAAAUGAAAAGAUUGAUACAAUUGACAACAUUAACAUUCUUGAAACAAGAAUAUUAAAUGAUUUAUUGAUGGAUUUGGAUAGAAUUCUUCUAUGUCCUGAUAAACAGUAUCAAUCUAAAACUGAUUGGAUAAAAUUCUUUAAAUUAAAUCAUGAGCCUUUUAACGUAAUCCUAAUGCAUAUUAAUGAGAUCAUAAAAUGUUAUGAAAAUGCUAUACAACUUUUACAAGAUCAAUAGAGA